AUGGCUCCAAAGUGGUUUUCGCAAAGCGAUGACCUUUCCUAUCAACAAUCAGAUCCCAUGGCUUCGACAACAACAGAACCAACUCCCAAGAAGGCUUCACGCCUGUCAGCAACGUUUGGCACCGACUCCAGACCUUGGAAUUUCAUGAGCUCCUCCUCAGACCGCAGUUCAUCGUCUUCUAGAAAACGGCUGUCACUGUUCGGCGCACGCAACUCCACCGCUUCAUCAGCAGACGUCUUCUCGUCGGGUCAUUCUUCGCCUCGAGAUUCCGCUUUCGUUCAAUCUGGUCGGCCUGAAUUUUCUCCUCGUCCCGAGUCUCGCUUCAGCAUCGAUUCUAAAUCAACAGCGGUUGCUCUACCCACCCCCACCGACAGCUGGCGAUCAUCAAUUUUCUCCCGAAGGCGCUCGGCCAAAUCUUCCAGGAGCUCGGAAUCGAAGGAUGAACCUCUCAUGCGAUGGCUCCGUACUGACAGUCGAACUCCUGGCUGGAGACGCGAGUCCACCGACUGCGAAAGAGAGCAUGACUCAGAAGAAGCCUUCUACCAGACAUUGAGAAAGAAGAAUAUUUCGGCACCAUUCAACUUCCAGCAUGUCACACACACACAGCAAGAACAGCUUCCGCAAUUGGAGUCUGUAACCGAUAGCGAGCUCGUGUCUGAGUUUUGGGCUGCUUCAGCCUUCCAAGCACCCAAGAGCGAGCUCCGUGGCAUUAAAGCAGACCCGGUCGACAGCAGCUUUCGUGUUCGCGCGAAUGAGAGAAGACCCUCCACCGCCUCUUCCGUUCGCUCCGACCCUUUUGCUUCCAGACAUCGCGGCUUGAGCUUCACUUCAUCGGUGCAUGAGCUCGACAGCACUCCCCGCACUCCACAGGAUGUCGAGUCUCCUCUGGAUGAAAGAGCACGUUCAUUAUCACUCACCUCAAGGUCGCACAGCUUCUCACGUCUAGAUCUGCCAUCUAGAGAAAGGCUGGCCGCUUUGGGUGCUGAGCAGAGAGAGCCUCCCACUAUGCUCCAUCCUGCUCUGCGUGGACAGAUGACUCCGCCUACAGUGGAGCGCACCUCCAGCCAGCCCCAAAUCUUCGAGCUCCCUGGGACCAGUCUCGAAUCUGUUCCUGAGGAGAUGGAAGGCUGCGGUCCCAGCCCAGCGAAACUUCCUCGAGCAAAGGCUAUGCUGGACCUCUCACCCCUCGCAUCUCCCAAGCUUUCUCCACGAUCAUCGCCGUCUCUCAAUUCAACUGCUCGUCAAAAGAAUGGUCUCGUCUUCACACCGUUCCCCAUCGGCAAUGCUUUCGCACAGGCACAUGGAGGUACUGGCGUAGAGGUGCCAAGGACUUCUUCCGAAAGCCGCCUUUCGUUCAGCGUCGAUGGAAAUGUCCCAAGCUUGACUUCUGGCGAGUCGUGGGAGAAUGACAUUGACUUCUGCUAUCUGGUUGAGGCUGAGUCGUCCUGUGACUUUGACUGGGAGUCUGUAAGAUCGAGUCGUAAGGGGUCCGCCUCUUCAGCUCGCAGAGACUCAACUACUAGUGUCUCUGUUCAGCGCGCCUCGUACAGUGACCCUUCGCGCAGAGCAAGCAUCAAAUCUCAGCCAGAUGUUGAAGCACUAUUUGCCGACUUUGAUGGAAGCUCGACAUUUGUCAAGGACCAAACUCGCCAUGAUUCUCCUCAGAUGUCCGUAUCGCGUGCCGACUUGAGCCCUAUUUUGGAAUCACCAGCCAAGGUGACCACUACCAACAGCAGUUCAGAUACUGUCAGCCCGACCAAGCCAUCUCAUACCCGCUCUAUCUCUUUGGACGACAAUGUCAAGUGCGGCCACUCUCUGGAUAGAAGCGCAAGAUGGUCAAUUGCAUCACCCCUCUGCCUUCCAGAAGACGCUAAGCGUCGCGGUAUUACCUUUACGCAUCCGGUGUACAAGUCGCGAGCAGUUCGCAUGUCGGUACCUGCGUCGUUUGCUGCACCUCCGUUGCCUCCACCAAAGACAGCCCUACCACCUUUACCCGCACAGCAAGCCGCACAACAACCCGCAAAGCCUGUCUCGCCACCUCUUUCACCCACUUCGACAUGGCCUAGUUCCUUCCCAACCAUGCGUAGACCUUCUUCCGCACAGGAUCGGGCAAUCCUUCAAGCUGCCGGUCGCUUUGUCAGAAACGGCCGUGCAUCCAGCAGACCUACCACACCCAGCCGUCUUUCGCAUGUCCAACAUGCCUUCCGCAAUUCUCCCUCUAUGGCAAUGGACUCCCCCACCACGCCACCAAAGACGACAGCCACCGAUUUCAAGUACGGUGGAAUCUACCCCAGUCCGCCAAUGUCUCCGCCCGAGCAACACCAGGGUUUCCAAGACUACCCAGCUUGGAUAUAA